CAAGAAAACGUUAGAAAGCAUUUAUCGCAGAAACGUUCUUCCCCUCUUUGAGGGACAGAACCCUGCGUCCCUCUCUCUCUCUCUCUCUCUCUCUCUCUCUCUCCAGCUCACGCCCCUUCUCUCUCUCUCGAUUCUCACUGCCGGCGCUGUGCAGGUUCUGAUAGCACUGUUGAAUCAGCAGGUUCUGAUAGCACUGUUGAAUCAGCAGGUUUUUGAUGCUUCGAUCUACACAUCAGGUUCACCAGCACAGGCGCUAGAUUAUGCAGCAAGAAGCUGGGAAGAAAGAAGAGGGAGAAAUAGAGAGCUAGAGAAGAGGUGAAUAAAUCGUUUACCGGUUUGCGUCAAAGUGUGAGCUGCUCUCUCUCUUACUAGGCAACCAUGUUAAGGAGGUUCUUGACUUCGCAUUCUCCCCUUGGUCGUCUCUCUACCUUCUCCCCACUACAGGCUGUCCCACCUCCUUCCUUCCCCAGUCUGGCUCGCUCUUAUGGCCUUAUCCCCAUGGUCAUCGAGCACACUUCUCGUGGUGAGCGUGCCUAUGACAUCUUCUCCCGCCUUCUCAAGGAGCGCAUCGUCUGCAUAAAUGGUGCCAUCACUGAUGACACUGCUUCUCUUGUUGUGGCUCAACUCCUCUACCUUGAGUCCGAGAACCCCGCAAAGCCCAUUCACCUCUACAUCAACUCUCCAGGUGGUCUGGUUACAGCUGGUCUUGCCAUUUACGAUACUAUGCAAUAUAUACGUUCUCCUGUCUCCACCCUCUGUGUCGGCCAGGCUGCUUCCAUGGGCUCACUUCUCCUAGCCGCGGGCUGCACAGGAGAGCGCCGUGCUCUUCCCAAUUCCAGAGUCAUGAUCCACCAACCCUCUGGUGGGGCAUCGGGCCAGGCCUCCGACAUUGCCAUCCAUGCCAAGGAGAUCCUCAAACUCAGGGAAAGGCUCAAUGGUAUAUAUGCCAAGCACACAAACCAGCCCAUUGAUCGCAUUGAGACGUGCAUGGAUAGGGACUUAUUCAUGUCACCGGAGGAGGCAAAGGACUUUGGUCUCAUAGAUGAGGUAAUUGAACACCGUCCAAUUUCUCUUGUCACUGAUGCUGUUGCUGAUUCUUCGUCCUCGAAGAAUGGAGAAGGACGUGGUGGAGGAGGAGAAAGUGAGAGUGGAAGUGAUGGAAGCAAGGAGUGAUCUUAGUAGCUGUUCCUCUGUGUUCCUAACCUAGAUACCUCUUCACUGGACAAGAGGAUCUCUCUCCCUCUCUCUCCCUCCACAGGUAGACGGCGCAUUUAGGCACAGAAAUACACUACAUUUGGUCAUUUUUGGAGCUUUUGAUGUUGUUUUGUUAUAUUUCUGGGUUUUAAGGUGUCAUGGAAAAAUGGAGGUGAUUGGUUUUGUGAAUUUGGCUAAUUAUGGAUGUCUGCCCUUAGAGGUGUUGUCUUUACCAUAUUCUCCUUCUUUACUUCCCCAUUAUUUAGAAGCACAAUUUAAGGAAUGGAACUGAUGAUGAUGAUUUUAUUGGUCAUUCAACAUAAUUUGUGGGAGCGGUGAGCUCAUUACACAGAUUGAGAUCUAAAGACCUUUCUAUUGUUUUUAGUUGAACAACUAACUCUAUUAAUGGUUCAUUUUGUUCGAUUA